AUGUACCUCUAUGUCGAUAUACAUUCUGAUUGGUUUCCUUUUCGGUCUACCCUGACCGAAGUCCAGGAACGCUGUGGUGAAGUCAAAGAACUGAGAAAUGCUUAUUGUGAUAUUUCGUUAGGUGGUGAUAAGCCUAGAAACAUUUAUGUUUGCUAG